AUGGAUGUUUGGAAGAGACUUAAGAAUGUGGCGAUUAGCUGGUUAGCGAUACAGGCCCCUAUUGGGCCUCAGUCCCUGGACCGUAGUCUCUCCUUUCUCAAGUCCUUGCUUGCCACUCUGGACCAGAUGCCCCAGGGGUCACUCAGCCACUCGCGGUUCUCUGCAUUUCUGGCCAAUAUUUCCUCUUUUGAGCCUGGAAGAAUGGGGGAGGGCCCUGUGGGUGAGCCCCCACCCCUCCAGCCCCCUGCCCUCCGCCUCCAUGACUUCCUAGUGACCCUGCGGGGCAGCCCCGACUGGGAGUCAAUGCUCGGGCUGUUAGGGGACGUGCUGGCACUACUGGGACAGGAGCAGACCCCCCGAGACUUCCUAGGGCACCAGGCAGGUGUGCUGGCUGGCCUGGCAGAGGUGCUGCUGGGAGCUUUAGUUCCUGGGGGCCCCCCUGCUCCCACCCGGCUCCCAUGCACCCGCGAUGGGCCUGCUGACUGCGUCCUGGCAGCUGACUGGCUGCCCUCGCUGCUGCUGCUGUUAGAGGGCACUCGCUGGCAGGCCCUGAUACAGCUGCAGCCUGGCAUGGAGCUCACCAACGCUACGGACCUUGAGGGGAGGGAGCCGGCCCCCUACCUCCUGCAGGGCCUCUUGGCUCUUCUCACCCCAGUAGGGGAGCCAGGCUCUGAGGAGGCUCUCUGGGGAGGCCUGCUGCGCACAGUGGGGGCUCCCCUCUAUGCAGCCUUCCAGGAGGGGCUGCUCCGUAUCACUCAUUCCCUGCAGGAUGAGGUCUUUUCCAUUCUGGGGCAACCAGAGCCUGAUGCCACAGGGCAGUGCCAGGGAGUCCUCUUCCUUACUCCUUUCCUUUUAGGCAACCUUCAGCAGCUACUCCUGUGGGGCAUCCGGCACAACCUUUCCUGGGAUGUCCAGGCGCUGGGCUUUCUGUCUGGAUCGCCGCCCCCACCUCCUGCCCUCCUGCACUGCCUGAGCACAGGCCUGCCUCAGCCCAGGGCUUCCCAGCCCUCGGCCCACCUCCGGCCUCGCCAGCAGAGGGCCAUCUCUGUGGAGGACCUCUGUGAGAACCACUCAGGCCCAGACGCUCUCUACAGCAUCUCCAACUUCUCCAUCCACCUGCUCUGCCAGCAUGUCAAGCCUGCCACCCCGCAGCCCCCUCCCCCUACUGUUGCCACCUGCCAAACAGCUGUGUGGUAUGCAGUCUCCUGGGCACCGGGUGCCCAAGGCUGGCUCCAAGCCUGCCAUGACCAGUUUCCUGACCAGUUCCUGGAGGUCAUCUGUGGCAGCCUCUCCUUUUCGGCGCUGUCUGGCCCCAACCGCCGCCUGGUAAAGCAGCUUUGUGCAGGCCUACUCCCACCCCCCACUGACUGCCCUGAAGGCCUGCCCCCUGUCCCCAUCACCCCAGAGAUCUUCUGGGGCUGCUUCCUGGAGAAUGAGACUCUGUGGGCUGAGCAGCUGUGUGGGGAGGCAAGUCUGCGGGCUGUGCCCCAGAGCAAUCAGGCGUGGGUUCAGCACGUGUGCCGGGGCCCCACCCUAGAUGUCACUGCCUUACCACCCUGCCACAUUGGGCCCUGUGGGGAACGCUGCCCAGAUGGGGGCAGCUUCCUGAUGAUGGUCUGUGCCAAUGAUACCAUGUAUGAAGCCCUGGUGCCUUUCUGGCCUUGGCUAGCUGGCCAGUGUAGGAUCAGCCGUGGGGGUAAUGACACCUGCUUCCUAGAGGGGCUCCUGGGGCCUCUUCUGCCCUCUCUGCCCCCACUGGGACCAUCCCCACUCUGCCUGGCCCCGGCUCCCUUCCUGCUUGGCAUGCUAUCCCAGUUGCCACGCUGUCAGUCCUCUGUGCCCACCCUUGCCCACCCCACACGCCUUCACUAUCUCUUGCGCCUGCUCACCUUCCUCCUGGGCCCAGGGGCUGGAGGGACUGAGGCCCAGGGGAUGCUGGGUCAGGCCCUGCUGCUCUCCAGUCUCCCAGACAACUGCUCCUUCUGGGAUGCUUUUCGCCCAGAGGGCCGACGCAGUGUGCUGCAGACAGUCGGGGAGUACCUGGAACAGGUGGAGUCGGCCCCAUUGGACUUUGAAUCUGAUACCAGUCCCAUCUCUGGUACAGGCAAAAUGGAGCUGCUAUCCUGCUUCAGCCCUGUAUUGUGGGACCUGCUGCAGAGGGAGAAGAGUGUUUGGGCUCUGCAGAUUCUAGUGCAGGCCUACCUGCAUAUGCCCCCCGAAAAUCUCCAGCAGCUGGUGCUUUCAGCAGAGACAGAGGCUGCGCAGGGCUUCCUGACGCUCAUGCACCGUUCCUGGGCCCAGCUGCAGGUGCCACCGUCUGAGGAAGAGGCUUUGGGUCGUCUGACAGCUUUGCUGCUGCAACGCUACCCACGCCUCACCUCCCAGCUCUUCAUUGACCUGUCACCACUCAUCCCCUUCUUGGCUGUCUCUGACCUGAUGCGCUUCCCUCCAUCCCUGCUGGCCAACGACACCGUCCUGGCUGCCAUCCGGGAUUAUAGCCCAGGAAUGAGGCCUGAACAGAAGGAGGCUUUGGCAAGGCGACUGCUGGCCCCAGAGCUGUUUGGGGAAGUGCCUGCCUGGCCCCAGGAGCUGCUGUGGGCAGUGCUGCCCCUGCUCCCCCAUCUCCCUCUGGAGAACUUUGUGCAGCUCAGCCCUCACCAGAUCCAGGCCCUGGAGGACAGCUGGCCAGUGGCAGGUCUUGGGCCAGGACACGCCCGGCAUGUGCUGCGCAGCCUAGUGAACCAGAGCGUCGAGGAUGGAGAGGAGCAGGUGCGCAGGCUGGGUUCCCUCGCCUGUUUCUUGACACCUGAGGAACUGCAGAGCCUGGUACCCUUGAAUGACCCGAUGGGACCUGUGGAACGGGGAUUGCUGGAAUGUGCGGCCAAUGGGACUCUCAGUCCACAAGGACGGGUGGCAUACGAGCUUCUGGGGGUGCUACGCUCAUCUGGAGGAGCAGUGCUGAGCCCCCUGGAGCUUCGAGUCUGGGCUCCUCUCUUCCCUCAGCUGGGCCUCCGCUUCCUGGAAGAACUGUCAGAACCCCAGCUGAGAGCCAUGCUUCCAGCCCUGCAGGGAACCAGCGUCACACCUGCCCAGGCUGUCCUGCUGCUGGGACGGCUUCUCCCGAGGCAGGACCUGUCCCUGGAGGAACUCUGCUCCCUUCACCCUUUGCUGCCAGGCCUCAGCUCUCAGACUCUCCAGGUCAUCCCUCGGCGAGUUCUGAUUGGGGCCUGCUCCUGCCUGGCCCCUGAGCUGUCCCGCCUCUCAGCCUGCCAGACAGCAGCACUGCUGCAGACAUUCCGGGUGAAAGAUGGAGUUAAAAACACGGGUACAACAGGUGCCAGUGCAGCCAUGUGCAUCCCUGGGCAGCCCACCCCCACUACCUGGCCAGACUGUCUGCUUCCCCUGCUCCCGUUAAAGCUGCUACAGCUGGACUCUGUGGCUCUUCUGGCGAACCGGAGGCGCUACCGGGCAUUGCCCUGGUCUGAGCAGCAGUCACAGUUUCUUUGGAAGAAGAUGCAGGUGCCCACCAACCUGACCAUUAGGAGUCUGCAGGCUCUGGGCACCCUGGCAGGGGGCAUGUCCUGUGAAUUUCUACAGCAGAUCAACUUGAUGGCAGACUUCCUUGAAGUGGUUCACAUGAUUUAUCAACUGCCCACUGCGGUCCGAGGGGGCCUGAGGGUCUGCAUCUGGGCAGAGCUUCAACGGAGGAUAACAAUGCCCGAACCAGAGCCAGCAAUCCUGGGGCUAGACUUGAGUGGGCUAGACACCAAACUGCUCCUGGACUUGCCGGCCCAGUUAAUGGACAGACUGUCCAAUGAAUCCAUUAUGCUGGUGGUGGAGCUAGCACGAGGAUCCCCAGAGCAGUUGCUGGCACUGACCCCACCCCACCGGGCAGCCCUGGCAGAAAAGGCACUACAAAACUUGGUUCCACAUGAGAGGACAGUCUCAAGGGAAGUGCUGGAGACUUUGGGCCCCUUGGUUGGAUUCUUGGAGAUUGAGAGCACACGACGGAUCCCCCUACAGAUCCUCCUUGCCCAUCUCAAUCAGCUGCAGGCCUUCUGCCUAGGAGAGCCCUUUGCUGCAGAGCUGGGAUGGCUGCUGUUACAGGAGGCUGUUCUUGGGAAAGCAGAGUUGUGGAGUCAGGAUGAAGUAGAGCAAGCUGGACGUCUCAUAUUCACUCUGUCUACUGAGGCAAUUUCCUUGAUCCCCAGGGAAGCCUUGGGCCCAGAGACCCUGGAGCGACUUCUAGAGAAGCAACAAAGCUGGGAGCAAAGUCCAGUUGGACAGCUGUGUGGGGGGCCACCCCUUGGGCCUAAGAAAGCAGCCCUGGUAUCUGGGAUUGUGCGACCCACAUCAGAGGCCUUCCCAGAGCCCGUGCCGGAUUGUGCGGAUGUACGGGGCACAUUCCCAGCUGCCUGGUCUGCAACCCAGAUUGCAGAGAUGGGACUCUCAGACUUCGAGGACUGCCUGGCACUGUUUUCAGGAGACCCGGGACUUGGGCCGGAAGCAUUACGGGCAGCGAUGGGCAAGGCAAAGCAGUUGUGGGGGCCCCCUCGGGGAUUCCGUCCUGAGCAGAUCCUGCAGCUAGGCCGGCUCUUAAUAGGUCUGAGUGAACGGGAACUUCGGGAGCUGGACUUGGUGGACUGGGGUGUGCUAAGCACCUUGGGGCAGAUAGACGGCUGGAGCUCUGUCCAGCUCCGGGCUGUGGUGUCCAGCUUCCUGAGGCAGAGUGGCAGGCACGUGAGUCACUUGGACUUCCUUCACCUGACUGCUCUGGGCUACACCUUAUGUGGACUUCGGCCAGAGGAGCUCCAGCAUAUCAACAGUUGGGAGUUUAGCCAGGCAGCCCUCUUCCUGGGCACUUUACAUCUCCAGUGCUCUGAGGAGCAGCUGGAGGUUCUAGCCCAGCUCCUUGUGCUGCCCGGUGGCUUUGGCCCAGUCAGUAACUGGGGCCCUGAGAUCUUCACUGAAAUCGGCACAAUAGCAGCUGGGAUCCCAGACCUGGCUCUCUCUGCUCUUCUGAAGGAACAAAUCCAAGGCCUUACCCCUUUUGCCAUUUCUGUCAUCCCUCCUCCUAAAUUUGCUGUGGUAUUCAACCCUGCUCAGCUGUCUAGUCUCACCAGUGUUCAGGCUGUGGCUGUCACUCCUGAGCAAAUGGCUUCUCUGAGUACGGAGCAGCGGCGAGCAGUCACAUGGGCCCAGCAUGAGGGGCCGGAGAGCCCCCAGCAACAGAGUCGAAGCACAGCCUGGGGCCUCCAGGACUGGUCACAACCCUUCUGGAUGCUGACACUGACUCUCUGCUUCCAUGACAACCUGCUAUGAUUCUGUCUUUCUACUUGGAAAGAGAUUGUUGGGAAAGAAAUCUGAAGUCAUAAUGAAUAAAAUACAAGUGGAAGUGCA